GCCCAGUGGCGCAGUUCAUGAAUGAACCCAGUGCAUGAAUUAUGACAUUGAAAGCUUUUCUUCCUUCGUCCACCCACGUCCACCACCCUGGUUCCUGUCCUAGCAAUUGCACAGCACGAGCAGGUGUUGCAGGUUAGCGCGAUCAGUAUGCAAAUAGUGCUCGGUAUAUGAUCUACAAGUGGCUAGUGGCACAUCUUCAUCUGAGGAGUUAGGCAGAUUCAUCUGUGAAGAGCUGUCACGUGUGUGUUUCGAUUGUGGUCUUCUUGGGGUGUUGGUCUUGUUGACAAGAUUUCGCCUCUCCCGAAGUUGGUGGUAGAUCGUUCUCAAGUUUACAAAUCACAACGUGCCUGGACAAAUGGGCAUCCCUGAGACGGUGGUUGUGCACCCAUUGGUCCUGCUCAGCAUCGUGGACAAUUACAACAGGGUAGCAAAGGAUACCAGGAAACGGGUUCUUGGAGUGCUACUAGGGGAAACCUUCAAGGGACGUGUAGACAUCACAAAUAGCUAUGCAGUCCCCUUUGAGGAGGAUGACAAGGAUACAGCGAUCUGGUUUUUAGACCACAACUAUCAUGAGCAGAUGUUCUCCAUGUUUAAGAAGAUCAACGCUAAGGAACAUGUGGUGGGGUGGUAUAGCACUGGGCCAAAGAUCAAGGAGAACGACCUUGAGAUCAACGAGCUGUUCCGGAAGUAUGCCGCAAACCCGCUGCUGGUGAUCAUCGACGUGCAACCAAAAGAACUGGGGAUUCCAACGCAAGCUUACUGCGCAAUUGAGGAUGUCAAGGAGGAUGGGACGCAGAAGAAUCAGAAGACGUUUGUCCACGUACAAUCGGAAAUUGGGGCAUACGAAGCGGAGGAGAUUGGUGUUGAGCACCUUCUGCGGGAUGUCAAAGAUUCAACAGUCAGCACUCUCGCCACCGAGGUGGGCAGCAAGCUGAGCGCGCUGCGGAGCCUCGAGUCGCGGCUGAAGGAGAUCCAGGCGUACAUGACGCUCGUGUCGGAGGGGAAGCUGCCCAUCAACCACGAGAUUAUGUACCAACUGCAAGACGUGUUCAACCUCCUCCCCAACCUCAACAUCCACGAGCUAGUCAAGGCGUUCUCUGUCAAAACGAACGACAUGAUGCUCGUUAUCUACCUGUCAUCCCUCAUCCGGAGUAUACUGGCUUUGCACAACCUGAUCAACAACAAGGUUUUGAAUAAAGAAAGAGAACGGAUGGCAGACUCCCACAGUAAGGGCGACAAGCUAAAACGGGAGGCAACAGUAGCAAGCUAGCCGUCAAGCUUGAUAUCCAAAUUGCUGGCCCUUGUGCAUUGCCCCAAGCUGAGGUCAUUCGCAAAGCAUUCAAGAGGUGUGGACACAAUCAAGCAAUGUUUCCCAGCCUAGACAUAAGACUUUUUUGAAAGGCAAGCCUCAUAUCGGCAAGCCAUAUUCUGAUGUCUGAUGCCGGAAUGGUGCAUACGCGGGGGCCUGACAGUUCAAGGAAGUUGAGCUUCAGACAGUCCUUAUCAAAGUCAGCCCUGAUUGCGCGGGCGGUUGAAGUUGCAUUUUCCUUGAAGCCCCACAAUCACAAGCUCACAGUGCCAGUCUCAAUCUCCCCUUUUACGAUUGACAUUUCUCCUGUUUUCAUCGAGUUCAGCUUAUGCUGCUUGAUAGUACAGGUAGUCAUACGUAGGAUGGUUCCUUGUUUCAUGAGAGCUACGGCAGUCAGGGUUUGCGAUUUUAUAUCAAGAUCGAAUUUGGGAUAUUGCCCUACUGCUUACACUGC